CCGCCCCGCCGUCCCGCCUCGCCCAUCCCGCUCGCCGUCUUCUCUCCCCUUCCCAGCCGCUCGCCCCGCCGCAUCGCCGCCGCCUCCUCCUACGGUCGCUCGUCCCUCCUCCUCCACCCAACCCCUAACCCUAGCAGCUCCCGCCGUCGCCGCCGUCUACUUCGCCCAGCCUGCCGGACCGCCUCCGUCCACUUCCCCGGUGUCGUCGCGGUCGUCCUCGCCUGCACACGGCAAGAGGAGCGCCCCCACCCUCUCCUCUCCUCCUCCCCUCAUCACGAGCCAGGACAGGGUGGGCCACCGUGGCCGGGCAGGUCAGGCGGCGCGUCCAGAUCACCGAGGAGCCGCCCGCAAGGUCGGCCAUGGCGCAACCGAGCAGAGCAGGUGAGGAGGGAGACGCUGGUUCCUCUUUCCCGCUGCUUGCUUCGUCGCCGGCGCGGCUCCGAUGGACUCUGGCGGCUCCUCUCUGUCUCCUUCCUCGCCCCCACCCACGGCUCCACUUCCUGCUGGCCAUGGGGCUGGCCGGCAGCAGCGCCUCCCUCCCUGCCGCUGCCAGUCCCGGCGCCGCCGAUGGGUCCAUAGGCAGAGGCGUCGUUCUUGGUGGUUGAGCCGCUGAUGCAGAAGAUUCAUGGAGAGAUUUGUUGGGUGGACGCCGACAUCCUUGCCGCCGUCCGGUUGCAGGGUAGUGCUUACAAAAAGAGGCAAGCUGAAGAGGAAGGUUGGAAGAAGGAGAGCAACUGUGCAUUGUUAUGAUUGCCUCUUCCUCCUGUUGCUAAGUGUCACAGGCAAAAGGACCAAGUGCGGGCGGGUGAGCAUCAGGAGUCCAGUUGAUUGGCUUCGGCCUUUGAGUUGCUGCUGGCUAGCGGUGCCGCUUCUGAGCGUCUCCUCACCCCUCACUCAUGUGGCCCCUUCAACUGGUGGCACUUUUGCUUGUGUCUUGUUAUCUUUUCGAAAUGGUGAAGCUGACAAUGAUAGCCUGUAUCACUGAUGGCCUUUCAUUUGCGGAGUACUUAGAUGGUGGUUAUGUUAAGGAUGUUGUAUUCUACAAGCAGCAAGCAAAAUUGUUGUUCAAAAACAUAUAUAAAGGCCAACAUGAAUCAUCAAGACUGUCAACUGAGA